AUGACACUGCACCAGUUUUGCAAGGGCAUUAUAGCAAAGAUACAAACCUGCAAAAGAGUCAUCCUGGCGCUGAUCCUCCUCAAAAGAAAGUGCCAAAGCUCAACGUAGGAGAAGGUGGCACACGACACCAGACACAGGGGAUGCCUGAGGAAGAUGCCCUUCCAUCAGAGAGAGGAGGCCAAGGACCUGCUACUGAAGCCCAAUUAUGCAGUGCACCACAGGAAGGUGCUAAUGGGGAUGAUGGGAUUUCUAAGAGAGAAAUCAAUCCACACCCAUUAAAAAGCAACACCACAGGAGAUACUUCUAUGAAUCUGAUUUUGGAGAUUGGGAAGAAAGAUACCACUGAGCCGGGUUUGGAAUGCCAGAGGGACCAUCCAGAUCCCCAGUGUCCACACAGGAGCGGAGAGGUGCUGGGUGAAUCACUUGAUGAAGGAGUACCAGAGAAGCAGGGUCAGAUUUCGGCCAGCAUGCCACAGGAAAGCCCAGAGGAGCUACAGGACAGAUGUUUGACAGAGACAGAAAGGCACCUAAAAGGACUCCUUCCCUUAAAAGAGAUGUGGAGCUGGAAGAGGAAGAGAACUGUCCCUGAGAUCCGGGUCAGAGGAAUGACGUUGGAAGGGGCAGAGGCUGAUUUCACCAGUUUGCAUCACGAAUGUCAGACUUCAGAACUGGAACAAAGCGUCUCUGAAAUGCAGGAUAGAAACAGACAGAACACUGACAAGAGCCCUGAGUCAUCGACCAAGAGCAGCCCUGAACAAGAAUUCCAGAGAGCAUCUGCAGUCCGUGUCAAUAUCUCUGAUGUAACUGUUUCAGCUCCAGAAAUUGAGAAGGAUCUUCCCUUGGACUUGGAGAACAGUAAUUGGGAAAUAAUGCAGUUUGGUAGCCCAGAAUAUCAGAAUACAGUCAAUACUGGUUCACGAUUGCUCUCUGCUAGAUAUCCUGUAGGCUGUAAAGAGAGUCACACAUUAAUUAACAAGGCAGUACAAGAUUCAGUGUGGUACAAAGCUCAAAUUGGCCAACAAGCAAAAUGUUUGCUUACAGUUAACAGCAACCCUGAGACGAUACCAUCUUCAGAUGAUACUGGAGUGAAAAAUAAUCAAUCUGUGUCCCUCCAGGCUUGUACUGAGGUAGAAAAGAAUGAGAGAGAGUACCAGCUUAUUAAUCAACCCGCAUAUACUACUGAAAGCUCUCUUAUUGAAAUCACAGCUCCAGUUAAAGAAAUUGCUACAGACAACCUGAGCAAGGAUAGUCUGCCCCUUGCUGCUGACAGUGGAAAGGCAGACAGCAGAGGUUUUGGAGAUGAACCUUUAGAGAAUUAUGGAAAGUUGACUUACCCCCUGAGUUGUGAAGGUCAGAAAUCCACAGAAAAGGACCACCUGCCAGAGAAAAUACUUGGAAGUAUGAUGUCUUUAGCUGCUGAAGACCAAAAAAGUUCAAAGGUUUUAGAUGAUGCAAAAGCCAAAAUACACACCACCUCACAAUCUAAUAAAACAGGAAUCCUUGAAACUUGUCCAGAAUUUUGUUCUGCAAACCUAGAGGUGCAAAUGCUACACAAAGAAAAGCAUAUCACACAGAAAGCCGAGGCUUUUACAGCCUUAAAAGUCUUAGCCUAUGAGGAGACUUUAUCUGAAAUAUUGUCCCCUGUAGAUGAGGUUCUUUCAUAUGGGAGUGCUGAACUCCCAUCCAUAGCAGGAGCGCCUAAAUUUUGGUACACUGAAGCUUCUCUUACACCUCCUCCUUCUACGGAUAAUAUUACAAUGACUAGUGAAGAUGAUUUCCCUCCACCUCCAGCAGAAAUAGUUCAGCUCCAAGUGGGCAAUAACUCCACCGAAGAUGACAGAUCUAUCAAGAGCGAAGACUUACCUUCUCUCUCAGAAGAUCUGUCCGUGCCUGUGGUUGUGUGUGACGCUAGUGAGAAAAAGGCUAUCCCUUGUGUGGGAGAAACUGCAGGGUCAACAGAGAGAGAGACUAUGAGAGUGAACUCUGCCAAAAUAAAAGGUCACUUCCUGCUGGACAAAGAUGAAGUAUCCUCCUCUCUAAAUAAUAAUAAGAUAUUAAGUGAAGAGCAAAAUAACAAUGAAGACCAAAAAUCUAAGCUUUUUGUCUCUGUUUCUGCAGAAGAUGACAGUGAUGAAAGCUCUGACCCAUUGUCUUCCUUUGAAAUUGGCCAUCGAGUGUUAGUUUGCCACACCAAGCCUGGUGUAUUGAAAUAUAAGGGUCCUACCAGUUUUUCAGCUGGUUAUUGGGCUGGUGUGGCCCUGGACAGCCCAAAUGGACACCACAAUGGGACAUUCAGAGGUGUCCAAUACUUUGAAUGUGCAAAGAACUGUGGUGUGCUGGUCAGAGCUGAAGAUAUUUCACAUCCGCUUGGGGAACAAGACAGUGACUUGGACACCAAAGCAGAUGACGAUCCCUUCUCAGAUGAUGAGCCACCAAAGAAUCUCAAAUCAAACCAAGAAAGGAGUAAAUGUACCACAUUGUCUGAAAAAACAUCAGAUGGAAAUACAGACAGAAAUCAAUACCAUGGUAUGGAUGGGUCAACAGCCCCAAAAAUGUAUAGUAAUAGCCUUUAUAUGGUGGAGAUGAGGAAGACACAUCUUCAGAUGUCUGCAGACCUUAUUGAAGAGGAGUCUAUCUACGAGGCAUCUACAUGCUCAGUAUCUAAAUCCAGUUUAAUAGAGAUAAACCCCCUCCAGCAGGUAAUUUAUGAAGCUGCCAGGGCAGUGGAGGAAUUUGCACAGUCCAACUCCCCACUAGAACAUGGUCCAGGCCUGGAUAAUGUUGAUCAAACCACAAAAGCUGUUUGUGACCCUUCCUUGUUUUCAGCCAAAACUCCAACAGAAAGAUGUGGUAAUAAAGGUCCCUGUGAUGACUGGAUUGAUACCAAUCUCAUCCAGUCAGACAGUCAUGAAAUUCCAAUGAUGGGACUUUCCAAGUUGAGAGACUCAGAAAGAGGACUGGCUGUCUUCUUGCCACAGCAUACAAAGAAUGUGGAAUCUACCAAUGGUCGUGAUCUGGAUCUUCUUGUGGACAGACUUGCUGAGAAUCUGGUAAAUGAGGCUGUAAGAGAUGCUCUGGAGAUUAAGAAAAUGCAAGACACCAGUGACAAUCUGAAGGAUAAUCCAUCCAGCAAAGAUCCAGGGAGCAUCGUGCUUGGUAAGAUCGAGGAGAAUCAGAAGAGAAUAAACCAGCUGUGCUUCAGGGACGUCUGGUCUUGUGCGAUAUCUCCAGAGCCUGUAUUGGAGAGUAGCGUCCCACCCCACAGCCCUGAGAUUGUGCUCAGUUUGGUGGGGGCUGCUGUGGAACAGCUGUGGAAUCACAGAGAGGGUCCGGGACUCAAGAAGUACCAAGUGCCUGACAUGGGCAGAGUGCCACCCCACCUGGUGAACGAGGAAAGCCGCAGAGCCUACAGACAGGUCAUAUUCGAUCUCACCUCGGACUUAUUCCACAGUGCCUUUAAAAGUGACCAGGUACCCAGUUAUCCAUUUCCUGGGAAAGGAGGCUCUCCAUUCUCGGCAGUCCUGUACGCCAAGACUUCUCUCUCGGAUAUCAAGGGCUUCAUCCAGUGUGAAGUGCAGAGGCAGCUGAACCUGGGGCGUAGUGAACAGCAGAUGAAGAGGCUCUUGCAGACAGGCUCCACGUAUGGGAAGGUACAGAGGGACAUGGUGGAUUGCAUUCUGAUACAGGAGCUACGAGAGGAGGAGCCAAAGUGGCUGGACUACAGCUCGGAUGAGCUCAGCGUGAAGAUGAAACUGACGGAAGAAAUCUUCGACGCGCUCCUCCAGGAUACCAUCCACAUACUUGACCACAUCUACACAGGUCCCCUUGGUGUCACCUCACCAGAACCUUUUCAACCAGAAUAAACACAUCUUUCUCUCCUGUCAGUGAAAACACAAACACUUUUCUCAUGUGUUGAUGUAUAUGUUCCGGUGGCUUAGCCUUUGUUUGCCUACUGAGUGGGAGAUUUUGAUAUUUUAAAUUGACACAACUUCAGAUUGCCUGUGAGACUUGCGAUCAUGUACCAGAUUUUAAAAUAAAUAACAUUUACAUGUUAUAAUGGAUUUUUUAAUAAAAAGAAGGCAACUGAAUCAGGUACAGAUGUGAAGAUGUAGCUGUCUGCUAAGAUUGUAAGAAAGAGGCAUUGCUUAUUAUACCAGGGAGUGAAAAUUAUGUUUGUAUUUUUACAGGUUAUUUUUGUGAGUGGAAUACUAUAAUUCUUUAAGAAUUAAUAGUGUAAAAUGAAGACCUAUCCCUAUACCUGCUAAUAUUUCACAGCAUCUUUCAAGUCUUCCAUGUUUCUGAAUUGUUCCCUGAAUUGUUUGACAAUCUAUAUUGUUCAUAUGAUAAUAGCCACCUCAGGCAAAUUUUAUAUGUUUGUACCAAGGUAUGCACUAUUUCUUCACUAAGCAAAAUGAUGCAUACAUAUUUUUCAACUUAACAGCUCAUUUAAAACCUGAGCAAUCCCACUGAAGACUUUAAAGAGUAGGCAGAGUUGCAGUCAAUGCUGGCAAAAUGUGUACUGAAAUAUGUUGAUUGCAUAAGUAUUCAGACCCAUGAGCUCAAUAUGUGACCUUUGGCAGCAAUUACAAUCUCACAUCUUUUUGGGCAAGUCUCAACCAGCGUUGCACAUUGGUUUGGUGCAAGUUUAGAACAUAAAAACAAGAGAUUUUGUAAAUCAGAAGAGGGCCCUUCUCUCCUCUAACUUGCAUUGCUGUAGUUCUCAGGGUGCCAUCCCUAACCACAUUCCUCCUUACCCUGCUCUCCAGUUCGAUGGACAGUCUGAUCUAAGCACUGUCUGUGUGCCUUCUUGAUGAUAAUGAUAACUACACCAUGCUAAAGGAAAUAUUAUAUAUACUGUAAAAGCCCUUCAGAUGUUUUUAUACCCUUCUCCUAAUCUGUGUUUAUACAGCUUUACCCCUGAGUUUUUUUGUAAACUCCUGUCUUUUUCUGAAUGAAUCUUUGCUUGAAAUGUACAACCUGACAGUGGAACCCUACAAAUAUAAGUGCAUUUAUUAAGAAAUCAUGUGAACCUCUAUUAUUGCACAUAAACACAAGCCACUCAACUAAUUAAACUCAUUAAAGUAAUUGUGUGCACCUACAUUAAUUUAGGUUGACCAAAGCAAAGGGUUUAAAUACUUAUGCAAUCUUGAUUUUUAUUUUUGUCUUCCAUAUUUACUUUUACUUUUGUUACUUUGCUUUGAAUAUGUGGAGUAGGAUGGAUAUAUAGCAUAUUGUAACAAGUUAAUUGCUACUUUAAAAUGUUAUGACUAAAAGCUUUAAAGCAACAGAAUGUGAAACAAAAGUGUAAGGGUAUGAAUGCUUUGAAAGGCACUUUACAUUUUAUAAUCUGAAGGAAGUUAUUGAAUUAGCCCAGUUAAGGUUUAAAUGGACUAUUUAGAUAUUGUCUGUGGCCUUACAUUUUUAAUGAUCUGCAGAGGAAUAUAAAAUAGCUUGGAUACAGAUCUAGAUCUAUAAAUAUAUAUAUAAAUAAUGCAUUUGAGUGUUUAUUUUCCAAUACUAUUUUCUAAUCUGCUAUGUUUUUGAAACACUAUAGAAUUGGUGAUUUAAAAAGCAUGUGUAACAACUAUGUGUUUUUCGGUACAGCUGGAUGUGGGAUUUGAUUUAACAAGACAGCGUGGCCAUCUCCUUAUGUAACACCGAGUCUGUGUUCAUUUCACGUAGAGCUAAUUUAGUGUGACUGCACUGUAUUAUGGGGACACUGUAACAGCUGUUAAGGGGCUACAUACCUUAACUGUGAAAGCAAUAAUGCAUCUCUACAGCGGCAGCUA